UUGUCUUUUAUGCCCUUCUCUCCUUCUCCGAAAAAUCCCCAACCGGCAACCAACCUUUUCUCUCUCUAUAUAAUUCCUUUUCAAAAGUUCACAAUCCAAUUCCAAAUCCACUUCUCCUCAAUAAUCAAUUUCUAUUUUCUUCCUAAUUUCCAUGACUCCCAAGAACCAAAUCCCCCAAUCGGAAUCUGGGUUCCAAGAUUGGCUGCCCGUCAUGGCUGGAAACCUCGGCGGCGAGGGGCUGAUCGGAGAGCUCUGUAAUGGGUUCAAUCUGCUGAUGGAUAGAGAGAAGGGAGUGAUCAAUUUCGAGAGCUUGAAGAGGAAUGCGGCGGCUUUAGGGCUCGGGGAUUUGAGUGAUGAUGAACUCCGAGGAAUGUUGCGGGAAGGGGAUUUUGAUGGCGAUGGCGCUCUUAAUCAGAUGGAAUUUUGUGUUCUUAUGUUUAGAUUAAGUCCUGAAUUGAUGGAAGCUUCUCGUUAUUGCUUCCAUGAAAGUCUUCGUCGAGAAUUUAGGGAUUCUUUUUCUUGAUUUCUGUGUAUGCUUCUCAUUUUUUUGGGGAUGGAAUUAAUGAAAUAUACGGCAAAACUCAUAAACAAAUUUGAGUCUCUGUUUCUCAAUAUUUAGUUGAGUGCAGCUGUUGAUUUUGUUUUCGUUUUUUUGGGCAACCUCUUCAAAAUUGCAACAAUUUGUUUAAGGUUGAGGUUGGUGCUCCUUGACAAUAUAAUAAUAUACGAUUAGAGAGUGAUUAGAACA